AUGUACGUUGUGUCGAGGAUUCGACCUACAGUCGAGAGCUCUGUUCUUACUCUCAUGAACUUUUUCGAGAAGGAGGCAAACAAGGAGGCCUUCAACAUCAUCCCAUUCUACAAAGAGUUUACUCUGGACGUGAUUUACCGUAUUGCUAUGGGACAACGUGAAUCGGAGAUAUUUUCUGAUAAAAACCAAAUCGCUGCGAUAUUCCGUGCUGACCUCCGUCGACCAGUAUUUUACUUAGCCAGCUUAGUUCCCAGUCUUCGGAUUCCGUUAAGAAAGAUUUACCUUGCUAUAAGAAAAAGUACAGUUCCUGCUCUCUUCAAAAAGAUCUACAAGACUAUCGACGAGAGGAUCGAAGCUCGACCGACAGACUUCAUAGACCUAUUUUUGGACGCGAGAGCCGAACAAGACUUUGACAACAAGGCAGAGUUCUCAAAGACAGGAGUCCAAGUGUCAAAACAUUUAACUAGGGAGGAAAUCGCGGCUCAGUGCUUCGUAUUUCUUCUGGCAGGUUUCGAUACAACUGCCACCUCUUUAGCAUUUGUUACCUAUCUGCUGGCUAAACACCCUUCAGUUCAGAAGAUUCUUCAAGAGGAGAUUGAUCAGCACUGCAAUCGUGAGGUAUGUUGA